AUGCUGCUCUAUGUCGUUUCCUCCAACUUUAAGAGAUGCGGUAGCUACCACGACUUGUUACGGACAACCCCGGCACCCCCGCGCAGUCAUGUCUCGCGCGUUGUUAGUCUUUGUUUUUUAAUACCCCUCUUGAUGGGUUAAAACAAACCUGCGGUCUCCACUCUGAGCCUGAUAUAGGCACAUGAGUAGAUUCUUUUAGGGACUCGACUGCGUUACUGUCAUUAUUGCCGUGCCAAAAAUCGUAACUGUGCCAACAGGCCACUUUAUUUUGGGCAUAAUUAGGUGCAUCUAGGUGGUCUUGCCUGCAAAGCUAGUCUGCGCCGUUCAUGAAAGUCUUCCUCUCGAACAUUCUCUUGAAGAGCUGACCGGGGUCGUCUUUUAUUGUCUAGAUGUUCUCGGCAUUAUACUUUGGGAAUGUUAACUACCUGAAUUUAGUAUUCUAGGUAACCGCCCUAUGUUUCGGAGGUAAAACAUUGUAACGGUUUGCGUGCAUUACCUAUCGCCUUUAAGUAUUCGGAACCAAAGCAAUUAAGAUUAUGUAUCUAUUUUGAUCAUGUACAUUUCAAAUUUAGAAGAUCAUAGCAUAAUUUCAUUGUUCAUUAGUCCGUUAUGUGGAAUUGCUCCUCGUAUCUCUUAAUUUUGGCCCGACGUGUCUAAGAGGUGAGAUGUCCUUACGGUAGCACACAAUUUAAUUUAAUCGCAUAUCGCAAACUGAACUGAAUUUUAACGAUAAAUGCGCCAUGAAUGUGUGGCGAAUCUGCGCCUGUCUGUCUGUGCCUCCAUGUGAUGUUUUCUGCGGUGCUCGAAAUAAGUUGUGUUCAGCAAGUUUUGGACUAAUCAUACAAUCUUAGCAAAUGUCUUAACGACGUCCCUUUCCAAUCAUUUGCGGGGUUUUUCUUUCAGUUAAUUUAUUUUUCUGCAUGGUAUUGUAAUCAUAACGCCCUAUUUAGUAUAUUGUACCUUUUCAGAUGGGCCUCAGGUUGUGGAUUGAAGCGUGGGUCUCAUAAUGUCCCGUCUUUUAUGCUGCGUAACCGAGGCUAAGUUAAUCCAUCAGAGCAUCUCUAAUAUUAUGCUUUUGCUGCUUGGCAGGAUAUUUGUUCUCUGAGUCAAAGAGUCGGACUGCGUUCGUGCCUUUCUAAUGAGGUCUUUGGAUUUCCCCCAGCCAAUAUUCUAGUGCGUGACAUCCGAUUCGUUUGUUGUUAUGAAACAACGGUUGUGUUUUACUAGCAACACAGGGGACGAAUACUUCGCCAACGCGGCCUGUUUUGUGCUCAGGCCUCUUGACUGCAUAGCUGAAAUUCAUGGAAUGAGGGUUUUCGAUAAAUAGGCAACCGGAAGUAGCACACUUGUUCACAAAAUAUUUAGUCCCAUCUUCUAACUCUAGUGGGCAGGACUCGCUCGAGUCAGGCGUCUCACACUGUCUCUGCGAAUUUAUUAUAACAAGAGCAUUUGCGAAUUUUGUCAGACAGCCUUCAUGUUUGUACAUUGGGGUAGUUUUUGAAAAGGAUUGUUUUUCAUGGCGGACUUUCAUCUUGUUAGUCACUUGUUUAUUAUUCGAUUUUCAGAUCAACUCGGAGGCCUCCGAGUGCUGGUGGUCCUGUCAGGUUUUUGGAAUCUUUUUCGAGACCCUGUUUGUUUCCCGAACCACUUACUUCGGGUCAGGCGUUCUUAAGCCGGCAAUUGCGUUUUUAAAACGUAUUUCUACUUUUCGUUCUGGAGGGAUCCAAGCAAAGGCACUAAGAACCCUGUUUGGGAUAGUCGUCAAUCAGUAAGUCGGUCCUACAUGAUGAUUUUUGCUUUAGAAAUUGCGAUGUUGCUGAAUGUCUCCUUUCAGCUUCCAUGGAUUUUCUCAUUGGUAUUUCUGCUAACCUACCGCCCUUGACUGGGACAGAUGUUGCUUACUGCAUUGAGCUUGCAACAGUCAAAGCGCUAGGCUCUCAAGGGCGUUUGAACAUCGAUUGGGAUAUCAUGUCUCUUGUACAGAUAUGUCUGUAAGUUGGUUCGUUUAUUGAUUUCCUCUGCUAGGUCUCUCUGUUCUUGCCCAACGUCCGAAACGUUGGCUGUGAAACAGAAGGGCAAGGGACACAGCAAGAUGACUGAUAGUCUGGAUUUUCAGACAGAUGGUUGCUGCAAUUCUGAUGCCAGGCGAUGUGAGCACAGCGUUCAUAGCCUCGCCAACCUUCUGGAACUGAUGUCUAAUAAUCAAAUUCAAAGGGCUCCAGAUGACGUUCUUAUUGCAGUUUUUCAGGUUUGCGCAUACUAUUUGGGCGAGUCAUCCUUGAAUUCGUCUAAGUCGUUUCUUUUGAUUAUUAUGUAUGUCGUUACCCGUUUGUUUGUUUUUCUGGGCCCACAGAAUUUAGCAGCGCUGCUGCUUCAGGUCUGCACGGGAAGUCAGUAGUGUGUACUUCACUUGUGAGGCAGCGGCUUUAUGUUGGGUCAACAACUGUUCCGAUCUACUUUUCUGCUCCAUUGACCCGUAACUUUCACAGGCUUUCGAUGUGUGAAAAAAAAGAGAGAUGGCGUCCAUAAAAUCCCGACGAGCUUUAAAGCUGAUUUGUAGGAUAGCCAAUUAUCAAAACACGAAUCCCCGAACCAAAAGUCAGAUCAGGCUGCUUCACUUUAUUUCUAUGGUAACUCAUCAAUACGAGUUCUGAAUUGUCGAAAUCCGGUUCUCCGGAUUGUGCUUCAUGUAGGUGUUACCCGCAUAAGCGCCCAUCUCUCGUUGUCACGGCGUUUAAACCAAGGGAUUUUUGCAAGUAGCGUGCGUCCGGUGCCUUGUAAGUUCCUUCGACAUAACCCAAACCAUUGGCAAUUCACAAUUAGCUAUUGAGACACUGACGAUACGUGUUAAGAAGCAUAGACGAACCAUCGUUUUAUGUAACGUCAAUUCUGUUCAAGAUGCCCUUAUGUCGUUCCUUGUUUCAAGGCUCUUGAUUCGAUCGUUGAGGACGGUGACAUUUCAACCAUUGCCACGUUUUAUUUUCUCUUACUUAACAGGAUCACUCCUGGGGUCGUGUUGCAAAGUACGUUCUCUUACAUCGCAUCCCUGACAAAACGAUUUACUUUUAUUGAUCUCUCCUUUCAGACUUUCUCGGCGUGCCUCCACGUAACAGCAAUUAGUGGUGCUGAGAAAGUUCGCUGGAAUGCCGCUCUCGCAACCUCCAAAGUUUUGGGUAGCCAGUGGCUCGCACGCAUGAUGCCCCAGCAACAGCUUCCAGGAGAGAACGCCCUUUUCUCCCUUGUUUCUGCCCUCUGCAAAGCCCUCCUUGUGGACCCGUACUUCAAGGCGAGUUGGCUUUUCUAUUGCCUACUUUCUGACGCUUCGGACGGUUUCGCUUACUGACACUUCUGAGGGCUGGUAGUAUUAUAUCCGCCCGGUAUCUAAUGUGCCUUUUGACGAAGCUGUGCAUAUUAACUGCCUGUAAAACUAUAUCAACACUAUUUAAUAUCACAUGGAGCAAUCGAUCAAUUCAUCUACAGUGUCAUAUUAUCAGCAACAACAUGAUACCCCUUAUAAAAGUAUCUUAACUCCUUUAGUUGAUACUUACCACUGAGACUUUUUAUGCUCUUGAUCCGUAUCCAUCUUUUCUCAGCCUUUAGUCCAGGUAAUUAUGAGUAGCCAUCCGGGUAACACGAAUAAGCAAUGCGAUUAGAUUUGAGCAACUGUCAAAUAACUGGAGUCUGGCAACUAGAAAAAAUCCAAAUUGAUCAACUUGCAGCUAAUUCAACCUCUGGCCGGACUGAAGGCUUCUCAAAUUCCACAGAAGGCUAAAUAUUCGUAACCCAAAAAACUAUUAAACAUGGAAUUUAAAUCCCUAGGCCUUAUAUGUUCAUUUCAGACUUUUGUUAUUAUUAUGUUUUGAGAUUCUAGUUUUCUAACCUAAGACAAAGUUUAAACUCGCGCAUUACUGACUGAGCAGAUACACAAAACGGGUGUAGUCAAAGUGCGACCAAAAGGGAUGGGUUUGUUUUAGAUUCUUCUCUGUUUUCUAAGGAGACUGACAUGCCCAGCAGGCGCCAUAAUAAACCUUCAGUUCUUACACAAAUUUGGUCUGCCCAACACCUGCCGUCCGAAAUAAGCCUUGAACGUCUCGCCACUUGAGUAGAAAGAUGCAGGAUUACAGGAGACAUUGAUUUCACUCGCUGGACUCUUCGAACUCAUAAUCAGAAAUGACUACAGACAGAUCGUAGGCGAACAGGGCAUGUAGUUGUAAGGCCAAGAAGAUUAGCAGAUCAGUUUCCAUAAUUUAUGUUCGUGCUGGAUAUGAUAACUUUUUGGUCGCUCCCAUUCGAGUUCUUAAUUUCGCCAUUAAUGCUGAUAAGAAGUUUAAAAAUUCGUAGUCUAUUCAUCUUAGACCAUGGCGCUUUGGCAAUGAUCGGAAAAACUCGCCUUAUAAUCCACGUACUACUUGAAAUCACCUUCUCGCAAUUCGCCCUACACAACCACUGACCAUCCAGCUUUCCGAAAGGAAGAUCAUAUAUACACCAGAAAUGGUCAUUGCAGCUCCUUAUGUUUUUGUUAACGCUACUCGGCAUUGUUUUAUGGCUCGUGUACAAUACAAGUGCAUUCUAUCAUCUUGUCUUGUUCGAGCGAUGUUCAAUUUUUACCCCGCAGGUAAAGGUCCAUGCAGCACUCUCUUUGUUUCUCCUUUUUGGAGACACCCUGGAUGGCGGCCUCGCUGAGUCUGUGAACAGCAACAACGCCCCAGAACAGCAAGCCUUUCCUGCCCUGCCCUUCUGUGACCAGAUCAUGACUUCUAUAACUGCCCUCCUAAGCACCGACCUCUCGAAACGAACCUUCGAGGAAUGCGACGCUGCCAUCAAUGGACUGAAUCGCAACGAGUCCCAACAUCGUACUGCCUGUCUCUUUAUCUGCUCUCUUCUCGUUCUGCGCGCAGCAAUCUACAGCCUCAAGGCCCUUGCCGUCAGUAACUUCCAGAGUGCCAACAAAUGUUUAUGCACACUAGCGACCGCUCUAUCCGGGCCUCCCAAUGCAGUCAUCCUUGAGGAUCAUCUAAAGAAUGUGUUCUCCCAGGCAGUUGCUGCUUCCAAUGCUGGUCCUUUAAUCUUUGGUCGUGUUAAGCCUUCAACAUCGUUGUGUUUUUCUACAGAGAUGGCACCGGGACAGGAUAAGAAGGCGGCGGGGGAUGUGUCGGCUGUUGGAGUUGCCUUUGCAGGCCGGAACUCUGCACUCAAAAACUUCGACUUCCAGAAUGCUCUACCAUCUGCACUCAAGGUUGUAAAGACAUUUUACCACUUGACGGCCUCCGUCGAAACGGCCAACCACGAUGCGUUAGAACUGCGGACGUUAGCAAAGGCGCUCUUAAGCCAGUCAGCAUCCUUUCUUAAGGAAGAUGCACACGGUGUCCCACUGCCGUCACAAAACUUACUAUCUAAUUUCCGCACUGUUUAUGACUAG